AUGUCAGAUGCAUUCUUAUCACGUUUGAAGGGUCAACUCCCGAACGAGACAUUGAGUGUUGUCAACGCAUAUCUAGAACGUUUAGAGCAAGGCGAAUAUCAACAACUUCUCCAGAGCCCAGAAGCGAAAGAACUAUUUUUCCCAGAUGACCAACAGCAAAGAUUUGAAAGCAAUGAUUCUACAGAAUCGGAGUCCUGGAGUGCCUUUGUCGUCCGACGUUUACAAGCGAUAUGCAGCGCGAGACCGGGAGAGACGCAAUCAAUAAUCCUCUUCUGUAUCGGAUAUGCGGCCCUUCUUGCCUUCGUCCAGGCUAACAUUACUGGAUCACCCUUGAAGUUUCGACCUUCAACGAUAAUCCUUCCCGAGCCUAUUGCGACAAAUCGAAAGCUCUACGGCAAGGUCCAAACGCAAUUGCUCGCGGAGUUGAGCGUGGAUGGCAUUGCACCAUACAAAUUAACACCGAACAUCGAGCUCUACUGUUUCGCGAAGAGUGUCAUGAACAACGCCACUAUUCAAAAAAAUGUCAAGAUCGUAACAUGGGCUCGCAUGAGAACAACAUUCGUUCAUCAAAGGUUGCUUUCAGAAACUUCUUCGACGAUCCAGAAUAGCUUGUACGACGACCUAGACACCAUUGAAAGUGGUCUUGAUGCGGCAGGAGCAACCAAUGUCAAAGCCGAAUUUCUGCUUGAACGGUCAGCGAUACAUAUCCACCAUGGUCUUGACAAGCUGGCUCGAAAGGACAUCGACGCCGCGGCGGAGCAACGUCAAUUUGACUUCGCAUUAACAGGACUGCUUGGCAAGCGUACCAAAUUCCAGGAAAAGGAGACUAGUCAACUUGUGGUGCUUGCGAAAAGUCAUGGCGGUGACGACACAUCUGGCGGCGACUCUGGAGUCAAAGAUGCAGAUGUCAAAAAGGAGACAAAUCGCCCGACCAAUCUGGAUCUGAACGACGAUACCCUCCUUGAGUCAAUAUCGUUUUCCGAAGUGGGAUCCCGAACGACUGCCGAUCUGCGAGGCCCCGAUGCACUCUCUGCCACCCUGAAGAGCUUAGACCCUGGCAACCAACCCCAAUUGGAACCGAUCGACUCAAUAAUUCUGCUUGCGCUGGCGUCUUCAAUCACGAACACCUCUCCGCAGCAUGGUCUGACCAGAGAGGAAACCCUUCCAUAUGCUACGAGAGUCCUUGAAGGCGGAAGCUCAAACUGGCAAGUAUACACACAAGCGUUGCUGGUUCGCAGCCGCAUUGAGGGAUACAAGUCGCGUACCAUAGAACGUGGAUUGCUGCAGUUGCAAGCUCUGGUGGAUCAGGUUAUAGCCGACACGAAAGGAGCGGAUGCACACAACACAGAUGGCGAUCAAGCGCCCUCGUCAACCUUUCUGCCUCGAGCGGAAGAUUCAGAGAGUGCUCCUGUCACCGAUCGGGUCAGAUACAUUUUUCAAAUAGCUACCCCUUUUCGCUGGGAGCUCGAAGCCGAGCUUGCGUCGCGUUGGGUAUCAUUAGGCGGCUUGCGAUCAGCCCUGGGAAUCUAUGAGCGGCUUGAGAUGUGGGCUGAAGCUGCGUUGUGCUGGGCGGCGACGGAACGGGAAGACAAGGCGAAGAGGAUGGUGCGGAGACAAUUAUAUCAUACCACAGGCGGCGAACCAGGCGUACCAGAUGGUGAUGCUGGCGAAGACGAAGAAUGGACAGGGCCGGAGCGAUCACCGCCCCCACUUGACGCACCACGAUUGUACUGCAUUUUGGGAGACAUCGACAAGUCCGUGGAGAUGUACGAGAAAGCUUGGGAUAUAUCUGGCGAACGUUAUGCACGUGCGCAGCGAUCGCUCGGACGGCACUAUUUGGCGUUACGCGACCAUGUUAAAGCCGCUGGGGCAUACAGUAAAAGUUUGCAAGUGGACCGGUUGAACCAUGCAAGCUGGUUCGCAUUAGGCUGCUCGUUGCUUGAGCUAGGUCAAUUCGACAAGGCCGUCGAGGCCUUUUCACGGUGUAUCCAGCUUGACGAGUCGGAUGCAGAAUCCUGGAGCAACCUGGCUGCAGCCUUACUUCGCACUGAGCCGGAUGCAAUUGCAGCUGCCGCCGCGAAGCCAAGUCCAACGUUCGACGACGAAGAUGUCAAUGCCUCGAGCGCUGAAACGCUUGACGCUGGUCAGGCAGUUCGGAUGGAUGCACUUAAAGCACUGACACGUGCGGCAACACUCAAGCGGGAAUCGUACCGAAUAUGGGAGAACGUACUCAUAGUUGCGGCGUCGCUUCGCCCUCCAGACUUCGUCGUAAUGCUAUCAGCUAUGCGACGCAUCAUUGAAUUAAGAGCUGCUAGCGACGGCGAGGGCGCUGUCGACAUCGACCUGGUCGAGAAGCUUGUGCUAUACGUAAUCUCGAUUUCUAGCACUUAUGAUGCGGCCCAGCCCGGUAUUCAGCGUAUGGUGGUCAAGUUCGUCGACGAGAGCGUUACGCCUCUGAUAACAAAGUCUGCCCGUCUCUGGCGAUUGCAAUGGAACGAAGUCGUCGAAGCCACUGUACGUCUGUGUGAUUCGUAUGAGAGUCUUGGACCUCGCGAAAGAACAGAGGGGUUAUCUGCGGGCGAGCUCGUCGCGAAAGACUGGAAGUUCAAAGCACGUAGUGCCGUUCGAGGGAUCAACAGCCGAGGCAAAGAUGUCUGGGAAGACACGGAUGGUUGGGAGAGGCUGAAGCAAGUCUUGGCGGACCUAAAGAACUGA